UCGAACCUAUAAUAAAGUGGCGUUCAUAUUUAUAAGACACUAAACAGUUGUUUAUAUUUAUAAAAAGGCAUUGUUCUAGUUUUGCAUGAAGUAAAAAAAUUAAUAAAUUACCAUAUUAUUAAUUAAACAUACAUAAAUAUUAAGUUCAUUUUGUGUGACGUGAUUUCUACAUUGAAUAAGGUUAGAACGGCGCCACGAAAUGGUUCCUUUAGGCCCAUCUCCCGGGCAUCUUCAAAGUGGAGUUCAAAGCAAUCCUCAAGGUUCAAAUCAGAUGACACCGAAUAAUACUUCGAAUAAAUCAAGUAGUGUGAAACCGAAUUAUACACUCAAGUUUACGUUAGCUGGACAUACAAGAGCAGUUUCGGCAGUUAAAUUCAGUCCAAAUGGAGAAUGGCUUGCCAGUUCAUCUGCUGAUAAAUUAAUAAAAAUAUGGGGAGCAUACGAUGGUAAAUUCGAGAAAACAAUAUCUGGACAUAAAUUAGGUAUAAGUGAUGUUGCAUGGUCAAGCGAUAGCCGUUUACUUGUAUCAGCGAGUGAUGAUAAAACAUUAAAAAUAUGGGAAUUAUCAUCUGGAAAAUGUUUGAAAACACUUAAAGGGCACAGUAAUUAUGUGUUCUGUUGUAAUUUUAAUCCACAAUCAAAUUUAAUCGUAUCUGGAUCGAUGGACGAAUCUGUACGAAUAUGGGAUGUUCGAACUGGUAAAUGUUUAAAAACACUACCAGCACAUUCAGAUCCUGUCAGUGCCGUUCACUUUAAUCGAGAUGGAUCGUUGAUUAUCUCCAGCAGUUACGAUGGUUUAUGUCGAGUUUGGGAUCCUGCAUCGGGUCAAUGUUUAAAAACAUUAAUUGACGACGAUAAUCCACCUGUGUCAUUUGUAAAAUUUUCACCAAACGGCAAAUAUAUACUGGCAGCAACGUUAGAUAAUACAUUAAAAUUGUGGGAUUAUUCGAAAGGAAAAUGUUUAAAAACAUAUACAGGACAUCGUAAUGAAAAAUAUUGUAUUUUUGCAAAUUUCUCCGUAACUGGUGGUAAAUGGAUUGUUAGCGGUUCAGAAGAUAGUAUGGUAUAUAUAUGGAAUUUGCAAACAAAAGAAAUUGUACAGAAAUUACAAGGACAUACAGAUGUUGUUUUAUGUACUUCAUGUCAUCCCUCUGAAAACAUAAUCGCAUCAGCUGCAUUGGAGAAUGACAAAACGAUAAAACUUUGGAAAAGUGAUACAUAAAAGUAAUAAGUUCUUUUAUUUAAUUAUAAUGUUAUGUUUUAAGGAUUUUAUUAUUUAAUUAUCAAUUAAUUAAUUAAUUAAUAUACGAAUGAUGUAAUUAUUUUUAUUAUUGAUUUCUAAAAAAAAAAAAUCAGUCAUAUUUUAAUCAAACGUGUUGUUUCGGGGUGAAGUGAUUUAUGGUUAAAAUUGUAUUGAAUUGAUGUUUCAAAACAUGUCUAAUCAACUAAAUCGGUUAACAAAUUCCAAAGUUACUCCAUGUUUACAUACCGACAUUAAAUAUGGCGCACCCUGUAUAUUUAAACAAAAUUAUAUUUUGACCGCUUUAGCUGUUUAUA